GAGUAUUAAACGCAAAAUCACAUAAUAUUAUAUGUAAAAGUGCAGGCAACUAUAGAAUUAGUUUUCUAUGAAAAAACAAAUCACAGUACAGAGAGUGCAAUUGAACUUAAUAAGUUUGUCCUACCAUCGACUUGUGCUUGAGUAAACUUUGCACUAUGCACACGCGACGGCCGCCGACUUUGAUCGUCAUCGUGCGGGUAUUUGCCUCGAUGACGCGUGUGGCUCUGACGUCGAUAGAAUGAGCGAUGACGAGAGGAAAAGGGGAAGAACACAGUCUAGAACAGACGGAGGCGUACCCCGUUUUGGAGGGGAGCCACGAUAUCUCCGUGGCUCAGGGUUUUUCCUCGUGCUCUCGGCUCGUCUCGCCAGUCUCGCAACCGGACUCCGAGCGGUCGAAUCGUCGAGAAGGUUCGCGGCUCGUUUCCCCCUUUUCUCUCACCAUCUCAAGAUUGGUCCAAAAGACCAUCUUACCUGUGAGCAGAAUAUACAUUUUCUCCGACCACGUGCGUCCGAACUCUCUUCUUCUCCCCUCCUUUCUCUCUCUCUCUCUCUCUCUCUCUCUCUCUCUCUCUCUCUCUCUCUCUCUCUCUCUCUCUCUCUCUCUCUCUGAAACACUCGUCAACGAUCCAGUUUCGUCAUUCGAUCAGUUACCGGCGAUUUUUCGACUGCCAGACUGUUCUGUGUGAUUUCUGUAAGUCGCCGGACCUGCCGGAUCUAAAGAUAACGAAGGAGAACGAGGAGGGGAAUUCUCGAGAAUUUGCGUAACCCCGAUCAGCGCGAACAUUUCGCUGAAUAGAAAGUUUGAAAGUCGCGAAAGUACAGUUUUCGUAGUCAUAUGAGUGUGAGGCACGAGUGUGCAAGCGUGGUUGGACUUCACGGAGGAAGUGUGAUUUUUAUCGACCACUUGACAAGCAUAUGAUACAUCAGCGGACGUAUAACUCAAUUACACUAAAAAAAGAAAGGAACGAUCCGAAAGAAGUUAAACAGCUGAACUAAACGAUAGAAGAUACAACAUUGGACGAUGUAAUGAAAGAGGAUUUCCUUUGCAGAAAGAUUUUUCCGAAGUGUAGAGAGAGAAAAGCCAAAGGAAAAUGGGAGGAAAUCAUUAGAAGUAGAGUAGAAGAGGAAGUGGAGAGAAGACUAGAACGAAUUAAAGGGAAGAGAAACAUUUCGAACGAUCCAGAGAGAAGAUAAAAGGGAAAAAAGACUUAAGAGAGAAGACGCGACUAAUUUCGAAGUGAACGAAUAGUUGUGGUGGCCGACUUCAUGCGGCGAGCGUGUGCGCGACCACAUGAUCCGCGAUUACAGCUGAUUGACCGCAGCAUGUAUGCCCUGAAAAAGCGGGGACUUCUCCAGCACGAUGGCACCCUGUCCGCGUGUCAAAUGCGUGAGGAAUUUCUGCAACGCUACCAUGAGCUCUUGCAACGGUAUAUGGAUAUCGGAGAGGACAUCGGUGUCCCCGAAGAGUUCACAAAGGGUGAGAUGGUGUCGGGAAUGUGGUGGCGACAUUUAGUAUCUGGCGGAAUAGCAGGUGCAGUAUCACGUACCUGCACCGCGCCCUUAGAUCGUAUCAAGGUCUAUCUGCAAGUCCACGGCACACGACACUGCAAUAUCAUGAGUUGCUUCAGGUACAUGUUGCGCGAGGGUGGCAUUAGCAGCCUAUGGCGCGGCAAUGGCAUUAACGUACUCAAAAUUGGCCCGGAAACCGCGCUGAAGUUCAUGGCGUACGAGCAAGUAAAACGAGCGAUCAAGGCGGAUGAUGAGGCACGUGAGCUCGAACUCUAUGAGCGAUUUUUUGCCGGCUCCAUGGCCGGUGGAAUCAGUCAGUCGGCCAUUUAUCCUCUCGAAGUGCUGAAGACGAGACUAGCACUGCGAAAAACCGGCGAAUUUGACGGAAUGAUUGACGCAGCCAAGAAAAUAUAUAAACAAGGUGGUUUGAAAUCCUUCUACAGAGGUUACAUCCCUAAUCUGAUAGGAAUACUUCCCUAUGCCGGCAUCGAUUUAGCCGUCUACGAAACGCUGAAAAAUAGUUACUUACGUACGCACGACAAGAAGGAACAGCCGGCAUUUUGGAUUCUAUUGCUGUGUGGCACUGCGUCGAGCACGGCCGGCCAAGUAUGUUCGUAUCCGCUAGCGUUAGUGCGGACGCGAUUACAAGCCGAGAUUACGCCUGAUCGCUCGCCUAAUACUAUGAUUGGCAUCUUCAAAGAUAUUCUCAACCGCGAGGGCAUACGCGGUUUAUAUCGCGGCCUCACGCCCAAUUUUCUCAAGGUUGCACCUGCCGUAUCUAUUAGCUACGUAGUGUAUGAGCAUUUUCGGCAGGCAUUGGGCGUCAACAUGACGUGAUGAACAUGAAUGCUAGGUGACUGAUUAAUUCAAUUAACUAACUUAUUCUCUCUCUCUUUCUCUCUAUCCUUUCUGUCCUUUCUCUAUUCCUCUCUCUUUCUCUCUUAACUUGUUAUAAAUAAUCGAUAUGGCGAAUGAUCGUUUGGCGAUAAAACCAUAGAACUUAUACUAAUGGAAGAGGAAUAGCGUAUACCGUCUGUAUGCCGAAACUGUGUCCCAACAUUUGUGCGACAAGGAUAGGUAGAAUAUGACUUCAGAUGAAAUGAGACAACUAGUUUUCUGUCUCAUUUCAUAACUUUUCGUCAUGAGCGGCCGUAUUUGUAGGUAUGAGACAGAACUAGUUUUCUGUCUCACUUCUUGGACACACUUUUACGGGUCCUUUUCCUCUUCCAUUAGUAUAAGUUCUAUGGAUAAAACGCGUUCGUUCAUCCUUCUUCAAAGAAAAAAGACGAAUAAAAAAGAAAAA